CGCUGUGCUGUGUUUGACACUCAAUUUUCAUCGCACGCAAACGCGGUUCAUUCGUCCAGUUGGAAUUCAGCCAGCAGCGGGAAAACUCCAGUGACAUGUCUUUAACUGUGGAAAUUGUUGCAACAAAGCCCUACGAGGGUCAAAAGCCAGGAACCAGUGGAUUGCGCAAAAAGGUCAAAGUUUUUACCCAACCGAAUUACACGGAAAACUUUGUCCAAGCUAUUUUGGAGGCCAAUGGCGCUGCUCUGGUGGGUUCCACUUUAGUUGUAGGUGGCGAUGGACGUUUCUACUGCAAGGAAGCUGCCGAACUCAUUGUUCGGUUAUCGGCAGCAAAUGGAGUUUCCAAACUGCUGGUGGGCCAGAAUGGCAUCCUGUCCACCCCUGCCGUUUCCAGCCUUAUCCGUCAAAACAAGGCCUUGGGUGGAAUCGUUUUAACCGCUUCGCACAAUCCUGGUGGCCCCGAAAACGAUUUCGGUAUCAAAUUCAACUGCGAGAACGGAGGUCCUGCUCCCGAUGCGUUCACCAACCACAUCUACAAGAUCACCACAGAGAUCAAGGAGUACAAGCUGGUCCGCAACCUGCAGAUCGACAUCUCUAAAGUGGGCGUGACUUCUUUCGACAUUGCUGGAAAACCCUUCACCGUGGAGGUGAUCGAUUCGGUGGCCAACUAUGUGCGCCACAUGGAGGAGAUUUUUGACUUUGCCAAGCUGAAGGAUUUCGUUAGCGGAAAGGCCACUGGAAAGCCCCUGAAGAUGCGCAUCGAUGCGCUGAAUGGAGUCACUGGCUCCUAUGUGCGCGAGAUCUUUCUGAACCGCCUGGGUGCCAGUGAAUCCUCGGUGGUACACACUACUCCACUGCCGGACUUUGGUGGUCUCCAUCCUGACCCGAAUCUGACCUAUGCCAAGGAUCUGGUGGACACCGUUGCCCAGGGAGACUACGACAUCGGAGCCGCCUUCGAUGGAGAUGGUGAUCGUAACAUGAUUAUCGGCAACAAGGCGUUCUUCGUAACACCCAGCGAUUCCCUGGCGGUGAUUGCCCACUACCUCGAAGCCAUCCCGUACUUCCAGAAGAACGGUGUUCAGGGAUUCGCUCGCAGCAUGCCCACUGCUUCCGCUGUGGACUUGGUGGGCAGGAAGUUGGGCAAGGAAGUGUUCGAAGUGCCCACAGGAUGGAAGUACUUCGGUAACCUCAUGGACGCUGGAAGGUUGUGCCUCUGCGGAGAGGAGAGCUUCGGCACCGGCUCCAAUCACAUCCGUGAAAAGGAUGGCAUCUGGGCGGUUCUUGCCUGGAUCUCCGUGAUGCAGCACACUGGCAAGGGUAUCGAGGACAUCCUGAAACAGCACUGGUCGGUGUACGGUCGCAAUUACUUUACACGCUACGAUUACGAGGAGUGCGCCUCGGAUCCUUGCAACGAUAUGAUGUCCACCAUGGAGAAGGCCAUCACUGCCCCCGAGUUUGUCGGUAAGAGCUACUCCAGCGGCGGAAAGACCUAUAAGGUCAAGGAAGCGGACAACUUCAGCUACACAGAUCCCGUGGACAAAUCGGUGGCCACGAAACAGGGUCUGCGCAUCGUCUUCGAGGAUGGCAGUCGCAUUGUCAUGCGUCUCAGUGGAACUGGCAGCUCUGGAGCCACCGUGCGCUUGUACAUCGAUUCCUAUGAGAAGGAGAACGUUCUGGGUCAGGCCAGCGUAAUGCUGAAGCCUUUGAUCGACAUUGCUUUGGAGAUCUCGCAGCUGCCCAAGUUCACCGGACGCAAUGCUCCCACUGUCAUCACGUAAAGAGUUCCUUAUUGAAAAGAAUCAAUGAGAUUACCAACCCAUCCAACUACAAUCUCCACUUGUACCUCAGCGAGGCAUUUCCUUGUUACGUUUUCGGAUUUAUUAAAGUUUGUGUAGCCCAAA